GAGAGAGAGAGAGAGAGAGAGGGGCGAGGGGGGAGGGAGGCUGGGGCAGAGAGGGCGAGAGGGAGGGAAGGGAGGGGGUUGAGGGUUGCUGGUGCUUGUUCUGGCUUUGCGUGGCCGGGUGUGGGUUUUGCUGAUUCAUGACGGCCGCCUCCGCUCGCUUUCUUCCUCUCGUCACCAAUCCACAUUUCUUAUCGAACCUCCUCCUUAUCAAAGCAGAACACCCUUUCUCCCAAUCCCCCUCCGCUUCUCUUCCUCUUCCUCCUCAUCAACCCCAUCCUUCCCUACCCCUCCCUUCCUUCCCUCCCUCCUUCCAUCCCUCAUUACUGCCCCACGGCGACCGGAAGCCCUUUCUCCAUCCUUCCCCCAUCCUUUCGCCAUCCUCUCCUUUUCCUUCUCAUCGCCCGUCCUCGCUCGCCCCUUUCCCCACCCCCUGUCCUGUCCCCUCCCCGCCCCUCCCAUCCCCACCCUUCCUCCCCUGCGUCUUGCUGCUGCUUCUCGUCUCUUUCCCUCGCUGCUGCCGCUGCUGCUUUCUCUUCUCGUCACUUCGUUUGGAGUGCUGUAGUAGUAGUAGUAAUAGUGGUUCUGGUCAAUCCUCGGCUUCUUCUUCUUCUUCCUUUGCUUUCAUCCGGUAGUUUGUCAAUCUUGUACGCUGCUGCCGCUUCUGUUCCUGCAUUCGUGUAGUUUGCCUAUCUGCAUCUGCUGCUGCCUCCGUGCACGGGCAGAUAGCGAGAUAGAGAGGCGGAGGGUUAGAGAGAGAGAGAGAGAGGAGAGGGAUAUAGGAUAGGCGAAGAGAGAGAGAGAGACGACAGAGACGGGUGGGGAGGAGGGGAUAAAGGGAGGAAGUUUUGAAGCGAGAGCGAGAGAGCGCACCAGCGUGCACUUCGAAGUGAACAGAAGGGAAGAAGGCGGUGAGGAAGAGGAAGAAGAAGCGAGAUAGACGACGGUAGGUAGCCGGGUUGGGGAUUUAUUGGAACGUCGAACAGGGGCCGAAUCUGGCCAACUUUGCAGUUGAGAUCGAGAGGGCGGGGCCCGACUGUUCUCUCCCUCGCCCUGGGCUCGACUUAGGGUCUUGGACUGGCUGCUGUUCUGGGAAGGUUGAAGGUGGUGGAUUCGAUCGAGCAGGUACUGUCGAGGAGGAGAAGGCGAGAGGCUUGCGAACAAGUAUUCCAGGCAACGAGCAGCUAGGAUGGUCGGAGGAGGAAUCAAGAAGGACGAUGGAUUGGCGGCGAUAAGUAGUAAAAACAUUUUUUCUGCACUCGAGAAAAAACGCCGCAAAUCGAACAAGAAGAAGUCUGACAAGGAGAAGGAUUCCAGCAAGAGCAAGGACGCCAAGGGGGAAAAGAAGGAGGAGGAGCCUGAGCAAUUCUGGGCUCCGAGUCAGGUCACCGUUAAAUCUUGGGCUGAUUGCGACGACGAUGACGAUUACUACGCCACAACUGCUCCACCACCCGCUCCUUGGGCCCCCGAUCAGGCUUCAGAAGCUGCAUCGGCUGUUAAGGACGGUGGCUUGAGCCAGGGCGAGGAAUCUGAGGGUGAAGACGAAGGAGAGGAGGAAAUAGAGGAUGACGCAGAUGAGGAGCAACAUGAGAAUGAUUCCACCGGAGGAAACAACAAUGAGGCUCCCCCCGCGCGAUCAGCUCUUCCACCUCUUAUUGUGUCUCGUGAGCCGGAACGGCAAUUGUCUAAGAAAGAGUUGAAGAAGAAGGAGCUAGCAGAGCUUGAUGCAGUGUUACUUGAGCUUGGCCUCACUCCUAAGGAGGAAAAUGGCACCCCCCUACCUAUCGUCGAUGAGGUCGAGAAGAAGGUUGAGAAUGUUGGAGAACAAAUAGAGGAAGGUGAAUCGAGAAGUGGUGUUCCAACUCUUACAGAAAGCAAGAGCACGAAAAGGAGAAAAGCGAAGAAGGAGAAAUCGUUUAAAGAGGGCAAGGAUGGGGACGUUCCUCCCACACCAGAUGCAGAUUCAGUUAGGACAGUGGAGGAGACCACUGCAGAAGAAGGGGACACAAAUGCCCCCCCUGCAGACCCUAAGGCUGAAGUCUUGAAGAAGCUCGCCUCGCUCAAGAAGAAGAAGUCUAUGAAGGAAAGUGACGCCGCUAAGGCAGCUGUCACUGAAGCAGCUGCAAGGGCCGCUAAAUUAUCAGCUGCCAAGAAGAAAGAGAAAAAUCACUACAAUCAACAGCCUGUCAGGUAAAUCUUUGUAGUAUAUGUUAUUUAUUGGACGGAAGUUGAAGAGCGGGAGCCGUUUGAGAGUUCAGGGUGGUCUUUUCGCAGUAUUUGUGAAUUUAAUGUAGAGGUUAACUGAGGCUGCAGAUUUGCAGUUAGGGUUCUUCUCUGCCCUAGAUUCUAUUUCUAUUGAGAUUAUCGAAUGUUCAUGGGUGCAAAUACCCACCAUAAUAGAGUGUUCACUGCUGGAGCCCAAUAAAAUCCCGGAUCUUGGAUCCUUAGGAGCAAUCACUGUUCUUGCAAGUGCUCGUUGUCCUUGUAAAUUUGUAUGGGUCUGGCCAAGCUGAUUCUAAAAUCUAGGGUUGUAUCGAGCGGGAAGCUUGGGAGCCGGUGGGUCACAUGGUUUGGGUGGGUUUUACUUUCUGUUAGCACCUAGUUCAUUCUUUGAAGCUCUGCAGUGGAGCAACUACCUCCUUAAAUUCGGAGCAGUCUAGUGAUUUCCGACCAUCCAGAGUGAUAUUUUUGAUAAACGAAGCUGAGGAGCUCUUAAUGCUCAUGUAGUUACUCAAUUUCUCAAGUAAAGUGGUUGGACCUUGUUUGU